CGACCGACCGAUCGAUCAAUCGAAUCAAUUUGUCAGACGAUCAGUUAAUCAGUCGAUUAAUCGAUUGGUUGUUCGAUUGGCUGGUUGUCGAAUUUGUACGGCAACUGAUUAUUUCAAUAAAUUGAAUUUCAUAUGCUAUUUCACGUGGUUCCUCGCGUUAUCGUCGAUAUUAAUUGGUGCAAUCUUCUAAUCAAUCCGUUUAUUUUCCUAAUCCUCGGUCCUAUAGUUUGCAAGGUGUGCAUAUACAAGGAGAGCGACGCGUGGGCCCUUCUGGCACUGAAGUCGGCACCGGCCAGCCCGACGAAGAUGCAGUGGAACCCGGAAGCAAAAGGUGCACCGAUUGCACGGUUAGAGGGUCGCGAGUUUGAAUACAUGGUUAGACAGCAUAGUAUCACUAUCGGACGUAACAGCAGCAAGGGUGAGGUCGACGUCAACAUGGGCCACUCCAGCUUUAUCUCACGACGACACCUUGAAAUCUACUAUGAUCACCCGUAUUUUUUUAUGGUUUGCAAUGGUAAAAAUGGUGUUUUUGUUGAUGGAAUUUUCCAACGAAAGAGUGCGGCUGAGUUCCGAUUACCAAAGACAUGUACAUUGAGAUUUCCAAGUACAAAUAUAAGACUUGUAUUUCAAUCAUUAGUAGAUGAACAAGAAGAAAGUAAUGUAUGUGUACGCUCUCCUCCAAAACAUAGAGCACCAUUACCACCUUUACGUAUUAAUAUUCCGGAUGCAGGCUAUAGUAGCCCAUUCCCUUCUCCUACUGGAACAAUCAGUGCUGCAAAUUCAUGUCCUGCAAGUCCACGUGCAGGACAAGGAAGGAGAAACAUAUCAGCAGAUCUACAGAUGGUGGCUGUGUAUGCAGCUGCUGUUGCAAAUGACUCACAAAAUUCUAAUAUGGAGAGACACGAAGGUGGACAAAGUUCUAAUAGACAAAUAAGUCCCGGUACAACAGCGAAUUGUAGUCCUCCAAAAGAUGAUUCUAAACCUCCAUACUCAUACGCGCAGUUAAUCGUUCAGGCAAUAGCAUCUGCUGCAGAUAAACAGCUUACGUUAUCUGGCAUUUAUUCUUACAUUACCAAGAAUUACCCAUAUUAUAGAACUGCAGAUAAGGGAUGGCAAAAUUCAAUAAGGCAUAAUCUUUCUUUGAAUCGUUAUUUUAUCAAAGUACCAAGGAGCCAAGAAGAACCAGGUAAAGGAUCUUUCUGGCGAAUAGAUCCUCAAUCGGAAGCAAAACUUAUAGAACAAGCAUUUAGACAAAGAAGACAACGUGGAGUUCCAUGUUUUCGAGCUCCUUUUGGACUUUCAUCCAGAAGUGCGCCUGCUUCUCCGUCUCACGUUGGAAUUAGCGGUUUGAUGACACCAGAAUGUCUUAGCAGGGAAGUUUCGCCAGGACCAGAAUCGUAUCCAGAUAGCACUGUAUCUUCUCCGGCUGGUCAGUUGACUAGUCAGUCCGCACCAGGAUCACCUGGUCAUCCUUAUGCAUCCUCGAGUCAAUCAUCUCACAAAGGUCGCCUAAUGCAACAGAUUACUGUUGUCACGAACGGUGUUAGUGGUGAUACAACCAGAGAAGAUAAGUACGUCGUAUCUGGAAAUACUACAGAAGAGCAUUCUCUUUCCCCAGCUGGUCAAUAUAGUCCAGCUCCUGUUAUUGUACAGACCACGUAUAAUUAUAGUGGAAGCUUUAUUGGUCCCGACGCAGGCGUCGGAGUUGCGAAGCGUUCACACGAGGAAUCGGAUAGUUCUCCCGGAUCACCAGCACCGCUCGCCAUUGUCGAAAGUCCUGAACCACCUGAACACCAACCUCCAUCGACGAAACGUCAACGUGUUCAUGAUAUGGACGACCACUGAACCAUUGUUGUCCUAGACUAUCGUUACGUAGGACAUUUUUUGUUACAUCGCGCUACUCGCUCAUUGUCAAAUAUAUCUGCACGCGCGUGUACCUCACACUUGUUCGUGUGUGCGUCCGUAAACACGUGCACGCUUAAUGUUCAGAAUUUCGAAUCGAUGCCCAUAUCCAUACCACGUUUAAAUCUCUCCAUACAUUUUCAUCUUUGAUGCGCGCGCGCUGACAAAUACGUACAUGUACACACUCAGUUCUGUACUGUUUUUCAUUUAACCACAUAGUGGUUACUUUAUUUUCUGCGUAUGAUAAAUACUCGAUACAGUUUACUGUUUUACGCAACAAGUGGAAUAUUCGUAAGAAAAGCGAGAGCAGACAAAGUUAUUCCCUCAUCUCACAUUCUGAAAACUAGUUUUGAUGUUAUAUCUUUUCUUUUCUCCAACUUUUGAACUUGAAUCAACUGCUGACGUAGUACCAGGGUUAUUCAGUCGUCAUGAUCAUCAGUAUGCACGUACACGUGUUUCGUUGAGUAAAUUUUUUAUGUUUUUCUUUGAUGACAUACAGGUACAAGGAGGCGACGGGAGCUUUGAUGUAUUUAUAAGAGGGAAUAAAUAUUUGUAACACUCGUGGAAGAGUAUUAUAUAUAAGAAACAUCUUGGAUGAAGUUAUAUCGUAGUAUAUUCGAAAGAUGUUGAAUCUCAAUAGAAGGAAAUAUUAUGUUAAAACAGCUCACGUUGUUCGCCUUAGUGCUUUGCAAAAGAAAAGGUCACCUGUUCUAGGACGAUGCCAAUACUGGUAAAUGAACUUGAAGAAAUUUGUUGAAAAUUAUACAUAUUUUCAAUCGUAAAUAAGCUCAUAUGAGUUUGAAUUAUAAAGUUUUCACCUCAUGAACUACGUUGAUCUGGUGCACGUUGUUUUUGUUUAAUGUCCAAUUACAAUUGGGUAAAAAAGAGGAAUAUUCACUGGUUCUUUCCGAUUCUUCGAUCUCGUCGAUUGAUUGUUCACGUUGUAUGAAUCGAUCAAUGAAAUUGAUUAUGACGCAAUUCGCGUUCAGUGAAAAUGCUCGCGAAUCGUAGAGACAAACUUUAGAUUGUAGUUCUGCGUAUGAUUUUACAAAGUUUCUAUUUAAAAGGAAAGAAAUGAAAGAACGAAGAGAAAAGAAAAAGAACAAGCAAUAAUCUUAUGCUGAAUACGUCGAUCGAAAUUUCUUUCCGACGUGCCUGUUUAUCUAACGAAGAUAUUAACAUACUAUAAUCAUACAGGAAGAGGUGAUAGUAUUUUUGUUGCCACUUGUAAAUAAACUCUUAAACGAA